AUGAAGCCUAUUUUUUCAAUACUGGCAUUGGUUCUUGUGUUAUUGCAAGUAUCCAAUUGCCAACUUACAAUUAAUUAUCUUUCUUUGUCAUCGGAUUCUUCUGGGUCCUCUACUACUCCUGAAACAAGUCCGGCUGUUGUUGAUCCAAAAGGUACUGCCGGGAAUGAUUCAAAUAAAAUGAGAAAAGAGGAAAAUGAAGAAAGCAAAGAAAAGAAUGAAGAUGAAACAAAGAAUGAUGAAGGUACCAAGGAUCAAAAGGAGGUGGAACAAAAACAGAAUAAUUCGAGACAAGCAAACCAAGAGAAAAAGAAAUUAGAAAAAGAGCAAAGAGAUUUGGAAAGGAAACAAAGGAGAGAACAAAGGGAGGCGGACAGAAAAAAGAAGCAAGAGCAAAAGGAGGCGGACAGAAAAAAUAAGAGAGAGCAAAGGAAUUUGAAGAAACGCAAGGUAAGGGAGCUAGAAGCUAGAAAACUCCAGAGUGAAGAAAUCUUCACUGCUGCUAUAAUUGAUAGCGAUUCCAAUGAGAAUACCCAAAAUAAAGAUACUCGUGAAUUGAACUCAACUGAUUAUAAACUUUCAACUGAACAAUCAGAAAUCUUUUAUAAGGCAUCAAGAAUCAAAUUCGCUGCUCCAACUUCAUUCACUACGGGCCAAAAUUCUUCUGUUAUAGGUAUUAGUAAGGACCUGGAGUCUAUGAUUGCAAGAGAAGAGAAAGAGAUCUCACAGUCAUUGAAUGGAUUUGCAGCCUAUAAUGUCACUAUUACUUCAAAAACAAAGGAACUUCUUUUAGAGACCGACAAUACCAUUGACUUGGAUAAAAAAUAUGCAAAUCAAGUCAUUACAGCUGUUGAGAAACUGGAUGUUGAGGAACGUUGCUCUAGAGAAUUAAUGGAUAGGGCUGGUUCUUUGUUGGUUAAUUUCCAAAGUAAAAACGAUGCUUUGUAUUCAAAAUCACUUCUUAUCACAAAGUUACUAAAUAAGAAUCGUUCUAAUGAAUUUAUUUCUAAAGAAGAACAGGAAGCAGAACAAAGUCUCAAAUAUGCCUUGGAUGCACAUCAAAAAACUAUUCAAACCAGAUCGAGCUAUAUCAUCGAUCUUAGUGCUGUACUUUUAGCUUGUAAGAAGAAAGUUUACAUUCCAAAACAAAUUGUAUGUAUUCCCACAAGGUAUUAUCUCCCUGAUCCAAAGAAAUGUACCACCGAAGAUUUAGUGAAACUAGUUGAGGAAAUGAUCUUCCUCUAUACUAUGAGAUUCACGGAAAACUCUUAUCUACAAACUUGUUCCGACAAAAUUUCAUAUUGUGAAGAGCAUUGUUCAAGUGGGGAUUCCUUGUGCUUAGAUUGCUUCAACACCUCAUUUUGUAAAAAAGUUCAUCUCUACAGGAAACACUAUUAUGGUAAGAAACUUGUACAAGUUGCAAACAGAGCUUAUGAGUGCGAAACUUACCUUUACUUUAUGUUAAUGAAUAGAUCGGAACAAUCAGUUUCAGUUUAA